AUGAUUGGACUUAGAGCGCUGGUAACUGGUGCUGUGGUCUUUUUUGGGAGGAUAGUAUUGGCAGACAGUGCUCCAUAUACUGAGCAUGUGGGACACAGGAACAGUACCCUGCUCUCGAACCUGAUUAAAGAUUUUAUUUUAGAUCCCCAUGGUGAUAUAUGCACUGGUAAUACCCUGAAUGGAGGAUUUAUGACGCUGAACAAUGGAAACAUUACGAUUUUAGAUAAUGGUACAGUGAAUGAGCCAAUAUUUUUGAUUCGCUGCUCAAAUCUUUCAGAAUUUGAAGAGCUUUCUCCGAUAUUGCAAAAUUUUUCCAACUCCCUAAGCAACAUAUCAACUAUUGAUGACAGUUCGCUCUAUGUGUCGAAAGAUCCGUUUGAAAAAAGUGUUUUAAUGAUUACAUUUGCAUCUUGCGCCGUAUGUAUUGGGACAUGGAUGCUUUACUUGGUGAUUAUUUUACUACCCGCUGAAAAUCACAACGGCAGAAGGUUUUCUGUACAGUUUUAUGUCUUAUUCACAGCAAUUUACGAAGCAGCAAUGCUGGGAAAAUCUAUAUCCAAUAUAUUUGAGAAACAAUACAGGGAAAAUUAUCAAGAUGCUUUCGAAGUUGAGGUGCAUAUUUUUAAUAGCACUGCAUAUAGGGUUGGUGAAAUUAUCAGUAGUCUGAUGAAUUUUUUAAAUUGGAUUGCAAUUAUAUUCUACAUGUUUCACAGUUAUACAAAACUCCGCAAAAAUUGGCUGCCGUCAAUAUUGAGUAACAGAAACGGUUUAAUUAUACACAUUGGGUUGACUUUGACUAUAAUAGACACAACAUUGUUUGCGGUCUCAUUGUGGAAUAAAACUGCUCAAUAUGCACUCAUGAUUUGUUACAAAACUAUCGACUACAUCAUUUACACAUUAUUUUGCGGACUGACAGUUUAUUUCAUAUCUCACGAUUUUUGGUUCGUGGUAGCUCCAAAGAGAGUUAAAUCGAACGAACAAAUAGGUAUAAAAAGUAUUCUGCUGUUAAUUUGGAAGGAUUACCACGAAACAAUACCAUUACUAGUGUAUAAUAUGACACUAUUUGUUUUGUUAUAUUUUACUUCCCUUUAUUUUACUAUUCAAAACACGCGAAUCGGCCAAUGGCGUUAUAAAGUUGUCAAAUUCUUAAGAUUACUUAUAACCGUCAGUGUUUGGGGAUUAAUAGAUGUACUAGAAAGAAGAGAAUUAAUCCUCAGUAGGGAAACAAUCUUAGGAAGAAAAAUCCAUAACAAUGAUGAAUAUUUCUUUGAUCCAAGAUUACCAUGCAGUCUUUCAGCGUCACAGGACGAUUCUAAAAGUAGGCUGAGUAGAUCGCGUUCAGAAAACUCCCUCAAUGAUGUGGAGGAAAAUACAGGUCGUCCUCAGAAAGUUCAAAGCAGUUCAAGUUCAUUGUCAGUUUUUGUACGUCCACUAAGAGUUUGGAAAUCUCAGGUGCGAAGAGCCAGAAAUUUAAAAAACUACAGCAGAGCUAAAAACCACAGACUGUUGGACACGUUGACGGGCAAAAAAGAUAAGUACGCUGGAUAUAAGUCUAAGGGUAAAAAUCAAGAUAAAAGCCCGUCCCACAGCGAAAGAGUCAUUUCUUCGGACUCUACACAGCAUCAUGCUAUUUUUACCAAUCAUGACAAAAAUGCACAAGACGUUAAUGAACAGGCUAGUGUAGAAACAGAACUGGCAAGAAACUAUAUUUACGAUUAUAAUAAUGACUCUUAG